AUCAGUGACCGGUUGAACGUGAAGGCGGGGGUUUCUUAGUGAACUUUAAUCCUUCUGUUUAUAAAAACAGGAAAUAUCCCCUUUCGACCCCAACUUUGCAGACACAGCGAAAGUUUUAGACGGUGCACAUGUAAUGUAACCUUUGCAGACACUACUGACGAAGUAACGGCCAUGGAGCAAGAAAAUGUCGCCGUGGUAGUGCAUUCAGCUGGGGUCCUCAAACUGGAAACUGUCCCUGUUCCAGAACCUGGCCCACAUGAGGUACUAUUACAGAUGCACUCUGUAGGCAUCUGUGGGUCAGAUGUACAUUAUUGGCAACAUGGAAGGAUUGGAGAUUUUGUUUUGACAAAACCAAUGAUUUUGGGACAUGAAGCAUCAGGACGGGUUUUAAAAACUGGAUCAGCAGUGGAACAUCUUAAACCAGGUGAUCGAGUUGCUAUUGAACCUGGUGUUCCCCGUGAGAUUGAUGAAUUUUGCAAAAAUGGGCGAUACAAUCUUUCUCCUUCCAUUUUCUUCUGUGCAACUCCACCUGACAAUGGGAAUCUCUGUAGAUAUUACGUUCACAACGCCAACUUCUGUUACAAGCUUCCUGAUUGUGUGACAUUUGAAGAAGGAGCUUUGAUUGAGCCCCUUUCUGUUGGAAUUCAUGCUUGUCGAAGGGCAGGUGUGACUCUUGGUAGCAGAGUUUUCAUCUGUGGAGCAGGACCAAUUGGACUCGUGUGUUUGCUUAUUGCAAAAGCAAUGGGAGCUGCCCAGGUUGUUAUAUGUGAUCUCUCUGCUGAAAGACUCCAGAAAGCUAAAGAAAUGGGAGCUGAUUUUAUUAUUCAAGUAGCUGGAGAAAGGCCUCAGGUCUUGGCUGACCGAGUGAAGGGCUUGCUUGGAUGUAUGCCAGAAAUCUCUAUUGAAUGUACUGGCGUAGAAUCGUGCAUCCAGACUGGCAUUUAUGCAACUCGUUCUGGUGGAGUUCUUGUCCUCGUAGGGCUUGGCCCAGAAAUGGUAAAAGUUCCCAUUGUAAAUGCUGCUGUGAGAGAGGUGGAUAUACGUGGAAUCUUUCGAUACUGUAACACGUGGCCCAUGGCGAUUUCCAUGCUUGCUUCCAAGAAGGUGAAUGUGAAACCCUUGGUGACUCAUCGCUUCCCCUUGGAGAAGGCACUGGAGGCGUUUGAAACAACAAAACGAGGCCUGGGGGUCAAAGUGAUGAUUCGCUGUAAUGUGACUGAUGAGGAGCCCUGAUGAACGGCACAGAUUUGAUUCUCUGGAUGCAGUUAAAUGGAAGAGACGGAUUUGGUGGCUUGACACAUAGUCACCUUCACAGAGAAGCUCAACUCUAGUCACCUGCAUCUGCCAUUGAAUGUUAGGAUUUUUAAUAAAAAUAUCACUGUAUUA